AUGGCUCUAAAAGGCACGCCCCCCCUCCCCAACAACAAUAACAGCAACUGGAUGCUCAUGUGUAAGUGUGACGACCCUAUCAUUUCGACUCAAUCAAAAAACAACGACAUCCUCCUUGGCCUACUCCCCGUAACAUUUAUUGCAAUAGCCGUAUAUGCCGUAUGGCGGGACACACGCACCCCUCCUCGGGACAUCGAGAUGGCAGCCCUACCCUCGCAGCGCGUGUUGCCGUGGCGAGAAGCAAUCGCGGCCUCCGAAGGACGCGGGGCUAGGUCCGGGGAAUCCUCCUCGCGUCCGGAAAGCAACCGGGUCCAGAUAAUGGUCACGAGACCCUUGUCUAUCGUGCCCGUUACGCCGAAUAUAAUGCGGUUCGGUGGACCGCCGGGCAUGAACAUGUGGCAAAAGCCUAACGGCCACCGGGGGAAGAAUGUAAGCGUAAAGGCGAAUGCGGCUAAGGCGACGCCGACCAGGAAACCGUAUCGGAAAGGUGUAUUGGGAGGUAUGGGCAGAAUUUCUGAAGAGCUCGAGGAGGUGCCUUUCUAA